UUAGCCGCCACGCUUUCUCCACCUCAAUUCAUCUUCACCACAGGGAGUAACCCUAGACGAUGCCGGAAACCUCAAAUCCCUCAAAUCUACACCAAUUCCUGAAUACCCCUUCACCUCAUCCUCCUCCCUCCUCCUUCCAUCACUCCCAAACUUCCACCAUGGAAGGAACCCUUCAAGAUCCCUUCUACGACGAAUGGGAAUUUCUCCCCGACAACUCCUCCUUCCUCGAACUCGGCCUCGACAAAAUCGAAGAUCUAUUCUCCAACGAAAUCAUCUACACCGAUUAUUUCAGAGAAGAACCGAAGCUCAUCCAACAAACCCCUGCCGAUAAUCAAGAAGAAGAGUCGCAGCUCCAGGAUAUCAGCAUCUCUCAUGUCUUCUUAAAGAUAAUCAAUCCCAAGAUCGAGGAGGAGCUCAUAGAGAGCACGAGAUCCAGCUCCGAGCCAAAGCAGAGUGUAUCGGAGUUUGUUGUGCGGGAGAUCGAGGCAUCGCCUUCAAUCUUGGUGAUGGAAGAGAAGGUUAGUUUUGGGGAAAUGGGAGGAUCAGAAGAGGAGGAGGAGAAGGAGAUCUGGGAAGGGAUUGGGAUUGGAUUAUGGAGGCGGAGGUUUAUGGGUGCUGCUGCUCUGUUUUCCAUUGGUGCUGCUGCGGCUGUUACCAUAUGCGUGGUCGUUCUCGGCGGGCGCGAGGGGAAGCAGCCGGGUCGUCGCCAGCAUCGGAGCAAUCUUUUUCAGUUCCAUUUUCAUGAUGAACAGAAGAGCAUGAGCCGGGUGGUGGAGCAGGCGAGCCGGCUGAACCAUGCAUUGGCGGCAGCGAGGGGGUCCCCGACAAUGAUGCGUCCGGCGAAAAUAUCAUUCGGUGGCUGCUACGAUGGCCUUUAAUUAUUCCUGGUUUAUGUGGCUCCUCAUUAAUAUAAAUGUAAUUUUUCUUUUUUUAACCUAUUUCUGGAAAAAAAAAAUAUUAUCUUACUGAUACAUCAGUACUCCAAUAAAAAUGUACCACGUGAUAUUAUGGUGGGAGCAUUACAUAUGUGGCACCUCCCCAUUGGAGUACUGAUGCAUCAAUAUUCUUGAGAUAAUAUUUUUUCCUAUUUCAGGGGCUUGAAUGAUUUUGAAA